GUAAAGCAGAAACCUUUAUCUUUUCAAAGCUGAUGACACAAGUGUCUGAUCGCAGUUUGUUCAAGUUGCUAAUUCUCGGCGACACAAAUGUCGGAAAGAGCAGCAUUGUUGGCAGAUUUGCUGCCAAUGAUCCGUGCCAGUUAUAUAGUACGAUCGCAUUCGGUAUCAGUUUUCGGUCUAUUGAAGUAGAUGGCGAGAAAGUCCAACUGGAAAUAUGGGAUACCGCUGGGCAAGAGCGAUUUGGAACUCUCACGUCAUCCUUCUACCGAGGAGCGUAUGGCGCUAUUGUCGUGUACGAUAUUACUACUGAGAAAAGUUACGAUAAAGUACGACGUUGGUUACAUGAAAUUGACGAACACUGUGAUAAACCUCUUCCUAGUCGAGUACUUGUUGGGAAUAAGUGUGAUCUCUCUGAAGAAAUGAGAGUAGUUGCUACAGACGAUGCUGUCGAGUAUGCAAAGAAAAUCGGCAUUCAACAGUUUGAAACGAGCGCGAAAGAUAACGUCAACAUUGAAGCUGUAUAUACGUAGUUAUAACAUGUUUUGUAUAAAGUAACGUUCUAUAUUUGUUUCUUUUUCCUCUUUACAGGUGCUCAUUGCAAUUACUAGAUUGAUGUUGCAAAGGCAAAAGGAAAGUCUUCAAACAAGAAGAAAAAAUUCAAUACAUGUACCAAUAAAACUUCAAAAUCCGUCGCAUCCAAGUAAGUGUUCAUGCUAGCGACUGCUCUUCAUAUACAAUUGAGUG